AUGCCACGCAAACGCUCCGCGAUCAAGAACACACUGUCGCUGCCGUCGCAAUGGCUACAAAUGUACGAUGAGUUCAUUGCCAAGAACGCACACCAGGUGUCACAGAUUGAGUCGACAUUACGAUCACUGACUUACAUUAUCCCCGGCCGCUUCCGCGACGCCGAAAUUGCCUCCGAGUCGAUCCACAGCGCAGCCCAGCUACUCUCGCUAUACCGCGACACCCUCCUCCGGCGGGUGCACACUCUCGCGAAGCUCCCCGUUCCACCCUCCCUCUCCCAGCCGCCGUCCGCGCACUCCCGGUAUACACGCUUCUGGACGCUCAAGAGCGCCCUCUACCGGCGCGUCGCCUACGUGCUGCAAAUCGUCCAGUAUGUCGAGCUGCUGUGCGAGAUGGCCGCCAAGCGGCGCGGCGAGCAGACGCGCUGGCGCGUCGUUGUCCUCCUCGAGGCCGUCAAGGCCUUUUGCAAACUACUCCUGAUGAGGAUAACGCGGUCGCGGCCGCUCGUGACGCCCAUCCUGCCCGAGCGGGAACCGAUACCCGACGAGCCGUCCGGGGACGAAGCUCCGGAGUUUGGGAUGCUAGAAGAAGACGACGAGGACCGGAGGAACGGGACCGCCAACGGCGGCGCAUAUGCCAACGGAUCAGCGCAUCAGCACAACGACCCAUCCCAGCUCGGCCCCAACGGGGAGUGGACCAUGCCCCGCACCGGCAUGACAUUGCCAUCCCUUCCCGCGCCGGGCGACACGAGCGGCUAUCUGCUCUCGCGGGUACUGACGGCCGAUGACAUCAAGCCGGCCGCAAAGCUGCUCAACCGACUGCAGGGGCAAGCGCAGGCGGCCGAGAUCCUGCACAUCCUGGCGCCGCUGAUCUUUGCCGUGGCGCUGACGCGCAGCAAGAACAAGCGCAAGGCCUGGACGCCGUGGCUGCUGGGCAUCGGGGCCGAGCUCGCCGCGCGGCAGCUGAGGGAACGCGGACUGCGGACGACGCCGCUCGAGCGCGACGAGUGGAGCAGGCGCGGCUGGGCCAUGGGGUGGUGGGCGAUGCGCGGCGCGUUUUACGAGAAUGUCACCAAGGGCGUGGUGGAGGGCGUCCGCAGGCGGAUGCCCGGGUUGUUGGCGGGUAUUCUGGAGGACUACGAGUAUCUGUGGGAGAACUACUACUUCAGCACCAGUUCGUGA